CGGCAGCACCAGCACCAGGUCACCGGAGGGGAGGCAAAGGGAACCACGGCUGCUCUUCGCUCCCCACAGCCCCCUUCAGCCGCUCGCCAGCUCCGUGCCGGGGACACCGCGGCGGCAGGGCAGGGCCGUGACCGGAGCCGCCGCCAUUUAUUCUAACAGCCAGAACAUUUCGUUUCUCGAAUACUCUCCUGCCUUUUGCUUUCCCUUGUGGCAGUGCCGCCGAUAACUGCCCACGAGCUCUGUUUACCGGAGCAAAGUCCACUCUGGCUCGCACACGACGGCGUCUCUCCGUGCUGGCCGGACCCAGCGCUUGCCCGCGGCCGGCCGGGCUCUGCCGAGCGCAUCGGGGUCCGGCUGCUGACACCCGAGCCGGCCGUUGCCUGGUUAUAUCCACAAAACAGCCCCGCGCCGGGGCCGGGGUAUCCUCUUACGGAGCAGAGAACAGCUGAGCCUCUUCAAUCCGCACCCUGCCCUUGGCAGCUCAUCAGAUAAACCCCAGCCGGGGCUCGGCAGCGCCGCUGCCAUCGUCCCCUCCGUCCCCUACAAGGGUUUGUUGGACCCAGCCCGCACGACCUGCAGGUUUCUCCCCUUGGCAGUUUCAGCUUUAGAUAUAUAUUUAUACGCGCAACUUGUGCGAAUUAACAGCAUUCCUCUCCUAUUGAGUCAAAAGUCUCGGCGCAAACAGAGGCGCUUCAUGGAAAAAAAGAGAAAAAGAAGGUGGGACGUGCUGAAAAAAGCAACAGGAUCAAAAAAAAAAAAAAAAAAAAGAAAAAAAACCCACCCAAAUCUCCCUUUUCCUUUUAAAGCUCUGUUCCCAGGAGAUGGACAAGCGCAGUUAUUUUAAACCUGAUUCCAGCAGCCCGGCAGCGAGCAAGGCACGGGCAAGGUGGUGGUGACGGUGUUGGUGACGCAGGGACGGGGUGGCACUGGGCAAUGUUGCCAGCUGCGGUGCUCGUUGCUGGGCGAUUUUGGGGCACGUAAGCUGGUGACUUCCUGAGCGGCGAGCGCUGACUUCCUGAGCUGUGGCGGCAGCGGGCAGGAUCGGGCUCUGGCGGAGGGACCUGAUGGCAGAGCCUGAGCCCCCUCCAGAGCUGCAGCUGGAUGAAGCCGGAGCAUCCUCAGCCCCACAGGGAGCGGCUGCAGGCGCUGCUCCGCACCCGGACCUUUCGCACAGCCCGUUAGACCCAGCGGUGGGUAUGGGGGUGACACCCGUGCACGUGGGCAGCCCAGACGCCUGCCGGGAGCUACGGGCAGACAUCAGGGACGCUUCCUUGGAGCUAGACAUGCCAGGGCCCCAGCUGGACGAGGAUGCGGCCCAGACUGGGAUCCUGCUGGACGUGGCAGGAAUCCCACUGGACGUGGAUGCAGAUGGAGCAGAGAUCCCACUGGAUGUGGAUGCAGCAGGGAUCCCACUGGACGUGGAUGCAGAUGAAGCAGAGAUCCCACUGGAUGUGGAUGCAGCAGGAAUCCCGCUGGACGUGGAUGCAGAUGGAGCAGAGAUCCCACUGGACGUGGAUGCAGCAGGGAUCCCGCUGGACGUGGAUGCAGAUGGAGCAGGGAUCCCCCUGUACAUGGACACGGAUGGGGCAGGGAUCCCAGCCGACACAGACCCAGGCGGGGCAGGGAUCCCGCUGGACAUGGAUGCAGAGGGGGCAGGCGGCCCCCUGGACGCAGAUGGCACAGAGCAUCAGUGCCUGACCCUCGAGGAGCUGGGGGACUACUUCCAAGAGUGCAUCGAAGCCGUCGAGCAGCUGGAGAAAGAGAGAGACAGCCUGAUCGCAGAGCUUGCCCAGCUCCGGGAGCCGGCGCUGCAGGAGAUCCGCCAUGCCCACGAGGAGAUCCAGGCGGCCUGCCGGCUGCUGGCCAAGGUGGAGCUGGAGAGGGACAACCUGAAGGAUGAGAUCCGGCAGAUCAAGCAGAAGCUGUUCAAGGUGACAAAGGAGUGCGUGGCUUGCCAGUACCAGCUGGAGAGCCGGCGGCACGACCUCUCCCAGCACGCUGCUUACCGGGGCGAGCUGGAGACCCAGGCUGGGCAGCUCUCCGGAGAACUGUCCCGGCUGAAGGAGACCUGCGAGAAGGAGAAGGAGGUUUUGAGGCAGCGGUUGGAGACGCCACCGUGUCGGCAGGAUAAUCUGUACCUGCAGGAGAGUCGCCGGCUCUCCAUGGAGUUUGAGAGCUUCGUGGCAGAGAGCCGGCGGGGUCUGGAGGAGCACUACGAGCCCCAGCUGCUGCGGCUGCUGGAGAGACGUGAGGCGGGGGCGAAGGCGCUGCAGGAGAUGCAGGGGGAGAUCCAGGAGAUGAAGGAAGCCCUGCGGCCCUUGCAGGGGGAGGUCAGUCGGCUGCGGCUGCAGAACCGGAGCCUGGAGGAGCAGAUCAUCCUCGUCAAGCAGAAACGGGAUGAAGAGGUCGGGCAGUACCGGGAACAGGUGGAGGAGCUGGAAGACAGGCUGAAGGAGCUGAAGAACGGGGUCCAGCUCCAGCAGCGCAAGAAUCAGGAACUGGAGGAGCUGAGGACCAGCCUCCACCGGGAGCUCUCCAUCUACAAGGGCUGCUUAGAAAUCUACGGCCACCUUUGCAAAUCAGAAGAAAAAGCAGACCAGGACUGAUGGGAACGCCGGACUUUUCCUCAUUGUAGCAAAAGUAAAGGACAGAGGUAGCUGCAGGGGACAUCUCCUCUUGCUGCUCGUCCCACCCGAUGCGCAGCAGCUGCCCGAAGCCAGGAAUACCAGAGAAUCCUCAAGGUGCUGCUGUUAAUCAUGUAGUAAAACUGCUUUUCCACAGAGGAGCAGAAAAAAAUAAUACUUGCACUGAACAAUGGACAUAUACGAAGAAUAACAGAUGUAUGUUUUGCUGUGUUUGGAAAAAAUGUAUCUUGUUCCAUAGGUGGAUUGUAUGAGACUGCACAGAAAGUAGUGUUCUGGAAGCCAGUGUCAGGGGGUUUGAUUUUUUAAGUUUACAUGCAAGAGAAGCUUUAUCCUUUUAACAGGAUUUUCUUUUGUAUUUCAAGGGUCUCUGCUGUAUUGUGACAUGCUCCACCGUGGGCCACAGAAACUAGUUUGUGGAGAAUAGGUUUCCACUUUAUAUAAAGUCUCACACUGAAAAUAAAGGUUGGAG